CCAGGGGUUCAAGAUGAUUUCCACAUUAUGGCUGGGGGGGGCUCUCUGCUGCCUGACACUGCUCCCAGGGCUGCUGGAGUCCAAAUCAUUACUGAAUGCCAUCAAGCAGGAAGGUCACGUUAACAUCGACUCCGAGAAAGCAAACGGCUACCUGACUCACUCCAGACCGAAGCGUAACGUUGACCCGAGGUGGUACAUGGGAAACCCAGACUUCCAGGCUUAUUACAGAUACUACAGCAGCAUCGGCCACACCGAGGGGCUCUAUGAGAUCGACAAACUGCGGAUGCUCUACCAGCAGAUGAGGUACCUGGAGCACACCUACGGCCCCAACGCCUCCUAUUUCCAGAACAAGCUGGGGUUGCCAAUGAUGCCGACGUGUGACCCCGCUACAGACAAGAAGUGCAAAGUUGUUCCUCUUCCACCUCCCAUGAAAGGGGUCCCGAAGCCCACGCCGCCCCCAGCGACCGCUCCCCCUCUUCCUCCUGCUCCAUCCAUUUCCCAGGCUGACGUGCUGUACCUGUGCAACAGGAAGGACCCCCUCUGCAAGCCCCACAUCGUCUACCUGCCCAGCGGCGCCGUGCCCGUGCUCUGCGACCCCCGCUACCACCCCCACUGCACCCCCCAGAAGGCUGCACCGGCCCCCGUGGCAGUGCCUGAGCCUCCUCCGCCUCCACCAAAGAAGUCAGCCCCACCUCCGCCUCCACCAGUCCUCGUCAAGAAGUCUCCCCCUGCCCCCAUCCGCAUCUUCAAGGGCAUGGAGUACGACUGUGACCCCUACUGGGACCCGGACUGCCUGAUUGACCACCCACCCAGGCCUAUGAAAGGGAAGAUUGUGGUCCCGCCACCACCACCGCCUCCUGUGGAGGAGGAGGAGGAGGAGGAGCAGCCUGUGGAGGAGCCAGUACCUCCUGCGCCCGUGGCGAAGAAAUUAACCUUCUACCCUCACCCUCACUACUACCCCAUGCCCUACGAUCCCAGGGAUGAUCUGUACGACCCGGCCCGCUUCAAGUACCCGGAGCCCGCUGAUGCUGCUGAUGAGCCCGUGGAGGACAGUCAGUAAAACAUCCAGGAUGUGUCGGAGGAAAGGCGUUUGAUUGAAAACAUCCGCAAGACUUUGAUUAAAAACAUCUAAGCUGCACACUUUCCAUAUUUUGGGGUGUUUUUACCUUGUGGCUUCCCUGCAAGUGUACUGUCACAGACAACAGCCUGUGCCUAGGCAUCGACAAGUUGCAUUGUUUGCUUAAACCUUGUUCAAUUGACGACUUAAUGUAUUUACCAUCACUGUCAGCAUGUGUAC